GGCUGUAGAGGAAAAGCCGUCCAGUCUCUCCCCAGCCAUCUCCCAGAGGCAGCUGCCAGAGACACCGAGAGCAGCUUCCAGCAAGGACCCGAGCCGGCAGCGAUUUAAGAGGGGGGGGCCUCGUGACCCGUCGCCGCGGGAGACCCAGGGAGAGCGCACUCCGGUGCCGAACUCAGGGCGGCCGUCCUGACCACAGACGUCCGAAAUCAAGGGUGAGGACAGGAGCACCCCGAAGAGCACAGAGACCCACACAGAGGAGCGAUACACAAAAGGGACCGUCCGACGUUUGGAGAGAAGUGGAGAGGAGAGGAAGAGAGGAGAGGAGAGGAGAGGAGAGGAGAAGAAGAGAGGAGAGGAGAAGAAGAAACAGCAGAAGACUGACCCUGCUCUGUUACCCCCCUCCCCUCCACCACCCCCCACCCCUGGGACUGUUUGGUACAAUAAUCUCCAGCUGAUUCGCAGUGGUCUAUCAGAAUUCGGACGAGAGACGGGACAGAGCCGCACUGGCGUGGAAAACACACAGAUACAUUUCUGCCAAAAAGAGAAGCUUCUUUCUUCAAUUUUUAAUAGCUUGGCUUGUUUUCCCUUUUCUUUCUUUUUUAGCUGCUUAACUAUUUAUUUCUCAUUUUUAAUAGAUUUUUUUUUUCCCGAAGGGCAGUUUAUGUGGAGGACAGUGUUUUGAGAAAGUUUCCAAGAGGAGAGAGGAAGAGACGGGGAGAAAGUGAGUGAGCGAGAGAGAAGGAGAAAGAGAAAGUAGAAAGUAGAGAUAAUGGCGAAUUCGGGAUUCCAGCUGCUGGGCUACUUCCUGGCGCUGGGCGGGUGGAUUGCCAUCAUCUCCACGACGGCGCUGCCGCAGUGGAAGCAGUCGUCGUACGCGGGCGACGCCAUCAUCACGGCGGUGGGCCUGUAUGAGGGGCUGUGGAUGUCCUGCGCCUCCCAGAGCACGGGACAGGUGCAGUGCAAGGUGUUCGACUCCCUGCUGUCACUGGACGUGCAUGUCCAGACGUGCCGCGCCCUGAUGGUGCUGUCGGUGCUCCUGGGCUUCUUCGCCAUCAUCAUCAGCGUUGUGGGGAUGAAGUGCACCCGGGUGGGAGACAGCAACCCCAUGAUCAAGGGCCGCAUCGCUGUGUCCGGGGGCGUCCUCUUCCUCCUCGCAGGGCUGUGCACGUUGGUGUCUGUUUCCUGGUACGCCACUCAAGUGUCCUACCAGUUCUUCAACCCCAACACACCUGUAAACGCCAGGUUCGAGUUUGGCUCCGCCCUGUUUGUGGGCUGGGCGGCGGCCAGCCUAACCAUACUGGGAGGGUCUUUCCUGUGUUGUUCCUGCUCCCCGGACGACAGGAGAGGGCAGCAGUACUACAGCCAAUCACAGCCCUCCACGGCCAGGGAGGUAGAGUUGUUGACCGAAAGCAGCUCCCCUGACUGAUCGAACCCCUGCUCUCAUGAUGAGGAUCACUCCCUCCGGUCCUGCUCCUUGUUUUGUGUCCUGAUUUAUAAUAUGGACCCUCUUCCUCUUCUUCAGUCGUUUACCACUGCCUCUGCAACCCCAAUCCUCCCCCCCCACCCCCACCCUUACAAACAGAUGUCCACCUUCUUUUACAACAUCUGCCCUGCCCUUCGACCUCUGGGUGACCUCUGUGUGACCCCUGUGAGGAUACAGGCUGUACUGAUUACUCAGCACUGCUCCUUUCCUACAGUGCACAAUUAUUAUCAUUAUUAUUAUUGAUUGAUUGAUUGAUUGAUUGAUUUAUUGAUUGUUUGGUUGACUGAUUGAUUUUUAGGGACUUAAUUUCAGCCUUGACUGAGUUUUAUUCAUUCCUGUGGAAGUCCUGUGUACUUACCCACAGUCUUUUGUUUUUCCUGUUAAUUCAUUCACUAAAUUUAUCUUCUGAUCAGGCCAAUUUGGGAUUACAAAUAAUGUACACAUCUAUAGACCCAACACAAUGGACAAUAUUCUAGCAAUAAACUCCAACUGUGGGUUAUCGUUAUAGGGUAUACAUUCUUCAUAGCCAUGCACAUCAAUACAUUUGAGAACUUGUCUUUAAUUCUGUACCAAAACUGUGACCUCAUAUGCAUUUUGGGAUCAUUUGUUGUAAAAAACAAAAUGUAUAACAUUCAAAUGCAGUUAUACAGUUGCUGGGUAACAUAAGAAAACUUAAAUAAAAUGAUGAUAAAAUGAUAAUAAAAAGGAUCAUACUUGGUUGGUGUGUGCAAGCUUCCUUCCACAGAGAACAGAUCAGAUAUGGACAGCACACAGAAUCACACUAUGGCAUGCAACAGCACGUUUGUGAAGUCUCAGCUCAUGAAGCUUCUUCAUAAUGUGGACUUUAUUGUAAUUAAUAAAAGGAAUGAUCUGUCUGCGAUGUGUAUGUAACAUUUUUCACUUAAUAAAACUAACUCACAGCCUUGAGAACGAGAAA